CUCCAUCCUUCCUCUACUAAAUUCUCUCUGGUCCUUUCUGAGGAAUUACCAAAGCUACAGCCUCUCUCUCUCCCUCCCCCCCCCCUCUCUCUCUCUCUGAAAUCAACUUGUCCCUCCAUUGAAGGAACAGAAGAGAAGGAUGGAUGUUCGAGGGAGAUCGCGUUGCAGCUCUGGCGUUCAAAGCGAAGAAGAUGCGAUGUGUCUGAAGAGAGGUCCGUGGACCGUUGAAGAAGACCUCGCGCUCAUGAAUUACGUCGCCAACCACGGCGAAGGCCGCUGGAACUCCCUCGCUCACUCUGCAGGUCUGAGACGGACGGGAAAGAGCUGCAGAUUAAGGUGGCUGAACUAUCUCCGGCCGGACGUUCGACGCGGGAACAUAACCCUGGAAGAACAAUUGUUGAUUCUGGAUCUCCAUUCCCGCUGGGGAAAUCGAUGGUCGAAAAUCGCACAAUACUUGCCGGGUCGAACCGACAAUGAGAUCAAGAAUUAUUGGAGGACCCGGGUCCAAAAGCACGCAAAGCAGCUUAAAUGUGACGUUAAUAGCAAGCAAUUCAAGGACACCAUGCGAUAUUUGUGGAUGCCUAGAUUGGUGGAAAGAAUACAAGCCGCCGCGGCUGCCUCCACAUCUGCCUCAGCUUCCAUGACCGCAACUUCCCCCGGUGGCUCCACUGUUACUACUGCCGCCGCUACCGCUGCCCCUUACAAAAUGAACAACACUAGCAGCAGCAACAAGACCACUAGUAGUAGCUGCAACAACUACAAUGACAAUGGCACCAACUAUAGACCGAUCAAUGGUAACCUUGAACAUCUAGUCUUACCAGACAUUUCAACCAUGAAUAACGAAUUCAUGAGUGCGCGACUCAUGCAAAGUUACUACACCCCGGAGAAUUCUAGCACGGCAGCAUCAUCUGAUUCACUUGGAACCCAAGUCUCGCCGUUUUCCAACUUGCCCAAUCCCUACAGUUUCUCAGCUCAUGAGAUCCCUAAUACGGGUUAUGUCCAAGCUAACCAAGCUACCUACCAAGAGUGUUCACUCUUUAGUCCUUCGAGCAACUGCUUCAAUUAUGGAUCGGAAUUCUCCCAAGCCAUGGAUCAGGCUAAUCAGCUUUGGUCGGACGGCGGGGACUUUUCCGACAACUUGUGGAACGCCGAGAAUGUUUUGUACUUGCAGCAACAGCUUAACUCCAUUUAAAUGGAGAAAGUUGAUUGAUCAACGGUGAUGUCCGUUGUAAAAACGAGAGUUACAUAGGCAGAGAUAGAGAGGAGGAUGGCAGAUAGAAUAAUCUAUGUUAGACUUUUUUAGGAUUUGCCACAUGACAGGGUCCUAAUUGAGGAUCUUGUUUGCUUGUUUGUUUAUGUGGGGAAGCAUGUCCGGAUUAGGGUUUCCUGUAUAUGAACCGAAUCAUUCGUAUCCAA